CUGGAGAGGGCUGGGGCUGGAAGGCUCUCGGGCGGCGAGAGGUCCUGCCCAGCUGUUGGCGAGGAGUUUCCUGUUUCCCUCCCGGCGCCCGGGUAAAGUUGAUGAGUGAGUCACUCGCGCGCACCGACCGACGACACCCCCCGCGCGCGCACACGCUCGCCUGGGGGACGGAGCCCCAGCCUCCUGCGCAGCUCUCCUCGGCCGCCGGGGGCCUCCUGCGGGCCUCCAAACUCCCGGGAUCGCCGGCCACAUCUGGCCCGCACCUCUGCCCGGCGCGCUCGGGGCGGCCCAGGCACCCAGAGAGGACGAAGAGUCAAGGCGCAGCCCGGGGUCCCUGAGGCUCGGUUCGCGGCGCCCCAGGGGCCGGUCUAUGACGAGCGACAGGGGCUACCAUGGGUUGGGGGCUGCUCCGGGGCCUGUGGCCGCUGCACAUCGUCCUGUGGACGCGCAUCGCCAGCACGAUCCCGCCGCACGUUCCCAAGUCGGAUGUGGAAAUGGAGGCCCAGAAAGAUGUACCCAUCUACCUAAGCUGUAAUAGGACCAUCCAUCCACUGAAACGCUUUAACAGUGACAUGAUGACCAGUGACAACAGCGGUGCAGUCAAGCUUCCACAGCUGUGUAAGUUUUGUGACGUGAGAUCGUCGACUUGUGACAACCAGAAGUCUUGCAUGAGCAACUGCAGCAUCACGGCCAUCUGCGAGAAGCCCUAUGAAGUCUGCGUGGCUGUGUGGAGGAAGAAUGAUGAGAACAUCACACUGGAGACCGUUUGCCAUGACCCCAAGCUCACCUACCAUGGCUUUACCGUGGAGGACGCCACUUCUCCCAAGUGUAUCAUGAAGGAAAAGAAGAGGGCCGGUGAGACUUUCUUCAUGUGUGCCUGCAACGUGGAGGAGUGCAAUGACCACAUCAUCUUUUCAGAAGAAUAUACCGCCAGCAAUCCUGACCUGUUCCUGGUCAUUAUCCAAGUGACCGGCGUCAGCCUCCUGCCUCCGCUGGGGAUUGCUAUAGCUGUGAUCGUCAUCUUCUACUGCUAUCGUGUCCAUCGGCAACAGAAGCUGAGCCCAUCCUGGGAAAGCAGCAAGGCCCGGAAGCUCAUGGAGUUCAGCGACAACUGUGCCAUUAUCCUGGAAGAUGACCGGUCAGACAUCAGCUCCACGUGUGCCAACAACAUCAACCACAACACAGAGCUGCUGCCCAUUGAGCUGGACACACUGGUGGGGAAGGGCCGCUUUGCAGAGGUCUACAAGGCCAAGCUGAAGCAAAACACUUCAGAGCAGUUUGAGACCGUGGCGGUCAAGAUCUUCCCCUAUGAGGAGUACACUUCCUGGAAGACGGAGAAGGACAUCUUCUCAGACAUCAACCUGAAACACGAGAACAUCCUGCAGUUCCUGACUGCUGAGGAGCGGAAGACAGAGCUGGGCAAGCAGUACUGGCUGAUCACAGCAUUCCACGCCAAGGGCAACCUGCAGGAAUACCUUACAAGGCAUGUCAUCAGCUGGGAGGACCUGCGCAAGCUGGGCAGCUCCCUGGCCAGGGGCAUCGCUCAUCUCCACAGUGACCACACUCCUUGUGGGAGGCCCAAGAUGCCCAUCGUUCAUAGGGACCUCAAGAGCUCCAACAUCCUCGUGAAGAACGAUUUGACCUGUUGCCUGUGUGACUUUGGGCUGUCCUUGCGCCUGGACCCAACUCUGUCUGUGGAUGACUUGGCCAACAGCGGACAGGUGGGAACAGCAAGAUACAUGGCCCCUGAGGUUCUAGAAUCCAGGAUGAAUUUGGAAAAUGUGGAGUCCUUCAAGCAGACAGAUGUCUACUCCAUGGCUCUGGUACUCUGGGAGAUGACAUCCCGUUGCAAUGCAGUGGGAGAAGUGAAAGAUUAUGAACCCCCAUUUGGGUCCAAGGUGAGGGAGCACCCCUGUGUGGAGAGCAUGAAGGACAACGUGCUGAGAGAUCGAGGAAGGCCGGAAAUCCCCAGCUUCUGGCUCAACCACCAGGGCAUCCAGAUCGUGUGCGAGACACUGACAGAGUGCUGGGACCAUGAUCCUGAGGCCCGACUCACCGCCCAGUGUGUGGCAGAGCGCUUCAGUGAGCUGGAGCAUCCGGAUAGACUCUCUGGGAGGAGCUGCUCCCAGGAGAAGAUUCCAGAAGAUGGCUCGCUGAACACUACCAAAUAGCUUUUUCUGGGCAGGCUAGGCCAAGCCUCCAGAAGCUGCCCUCUCACCAAAGACAGGGAGCUGGAAGCUGUCCUGACUGAUGCUUCCGGGAAACCAAGGACUUGCUCCCUCCUUCCCCCGUAGUUGCUCCAUGUUCAGAAACAGCAGCAGCAGAGCAGCAGCAGCAGCAGCAGCAGCAGCAGCAGCAGCAGCAGCAGCAGGGGCUAAGUGACAGAGAGCAUUCUAUGCCUUGGACGUUGUCAUGGCAUAAGCUGUAUUAGCACCUCCUCAGGAAAUGAGAUUGAUUUUUACAACAGCCAAUAACAUUUGCACUUUAUUAAUGCCUGUAUGUAAAUAUGAAUAGUAUGUUUUAUAUCUAUAUAUCUAUAUAUGUCUAUAUCUCUAUCUAUAGCCAUACUCUGCAAGGAGACAAAGAAAAAGAUCAAACGUUCCGGGGAAAUUAGCUUUUAUUGGAGAGCUCCAGAAUGGAGCAGAAGGGACUCGGGACAGCAUUAGCACUUGACAAUCAUUGCAUGCGAUGCCCCCCAGAGUGGGGUUGCGGGGACAGUUGCAUGAGAAGGAUCCAUGCCUUACAGCCUGCUUUGGCCACAAAACACUCUGUUUUGCAAUAAUCACCCUCUACAUGAGGAUGCUUUCGGCUAGGGAGCUAAGUUCCAACCUACCACUGUGUCCCAUGGCCUCCCAUGUGCCUUGCUUUUCUUCAUGAUAUCAUCGACAUUCAAACCCCACAUCUGACUUGUGACCCUCGGGUUUAACCUAGAAACUUGGCCCCAUCUUUCCAUUUUCAUAGUCUACCAAAAUCAAAGAAGACAGUCUCCCCACCCAUGAAGUUGUCCCAUCAUCUGCUUAUUAGUUUGGGUAGUUUGCAUUUCCUCUGUGCCUAAGUUACUAUUGCUCAUUCCCAGCUGUUAUCAGUUGUUGUUGUUGUUGAAUGUGGCACACCCCACACCCAGUCCCUGCAGCUCACUGUGUUUCAUUUUUGUCACUCUCCUGCUGGAGUUUCCAGCUUGCCACAGUGACACCAAUGGGUUCUAUCUUCCCAGGGUCCCAAACAGAAGACAGGAUGUGAAUCACACACACUGCCCGUCCUGUACAACGGUGUCCAGGGACACUUUGAACCAUGUUUUGCUUGGUCAGCACAGCCUCUGAAAGAGUUGCCCUUCAUUUUAAGUAUUUGAGAUGUGGCAGAAAAAAAAAUCUCUGUUUUAAAUAAGGAGGGAGAGGGGGUUCCUGGCUCCCCCUCUAGGGAGGACAUGGCUGCUUGCUUUCUCAGUGUUAAACAGUCUUCACAUUAACCACACCCACCCCAGUCUGGAAAUGAAAGCUGCCUCAGUUCAAGAUCCAUUGUAAGAAAUGAGCAUUCGUAAGCCUGGAGAGACAUCUCAGCAAAUAGAAACCAGUGCCUCACAAGCAAGAAGACCCGAGUUCAAUCCCCCAGGACCCAUGGAAAAAGCCCUGCUCAUUGGAGCAUACCUGUCAUCUCAGCACUGGGAGGUGAGCAUCUCUUGAAGCUUAUUGGUCAGCUAAGAAGACUCUGUCUCCAAGGCUGGGUGAACAGUCUCCCAACAAACAACAUCUUCUUCGACCUCUGACCUCCAGACACCUAUGCACCACAUGUGCACCGUCUCACGCAUACACACACUAGAAAUGUGCAUUCAUGUCAGCUCGCUUUGGUCAUGUGUUGGACUGCACAUGCCUUGUCUGAGGAUCAUGAGUUGGACAUGAGGACCUCGUGUGUGUGAUCCUGUCAGGUCAAGUCUCCUUUGUAUGCACAUAAGUUCCUUUUGCCUCUGCAAGGGAGGCUCUCUCUCUCUCUCUCUCUCUCUCUCUCUCUCUCUCUCUCUCUCUCCCAAUCUUUCCUUAUGGUUCUUGGUCUCUGCAUAGUCCUAACCUCCACAGAAGCUAUGAGUGAGGAUCUAAAUAGGGGACACACAAAAGUCCCGCAUGGAGUCUGUGUCCACUCAGAUGAGACAAAGAAUGAACUUUAAUAGGAAGCUUGUUAAUCUUUCAGCAAAUGUGGAUGCUGCAAGCAACAGUCUCUCUUUUCUAAAAUGUGUCUUGAAGCUACUUAUUUUCAACCAAAUAAGAACAUGAUUGAAGAACCACCAAGGAGACUUUUACUCUGUCUGCACCAUGGGAGGCCUCAGAUCACAGGGUGGGGAGGGAGGGGAAGGUUGGAUACAUGAUCAAGUUGGGGGUGGGUCAAAAAUCUAUGUACUCUGUCCCAUGGAAGUGUACUCUGCCCCAUGGAAGUGUGCUGUGCAGCACCUUGUAAAUCCCCCAAACCCACUUAACACCUUAGGGCUUGCCGAUGCCCUCCCAAUAGCUGUUGUUCGCCGCCCUCUAGUGGUGAGUUUGUAGAAUACUGGUCCACUAGUGGGAUUUCUAGGGUUCAAAAGUGAUUUCACUUCCAGGUCAUCAUCAGAAACUGGAACACAGUGUCAUGCUACUGUGGCUUGUUUUGUUUGUGUCAUUUUAUCUUAUUCAAGAAAAAGACCAAGGAAUAACAUUGCUGUCAUUCCUAAAAAAUGUUUGACUUUGUUCACUACUCUGCAUAAAGGGAAAGUUUUAUUCUUUUAUCGAACACUUCAGCCAUACUCAUGUAUUAAAAUAGGAAUGUGAAUGCACAAUAUUCUUUUUAUACCAAAAUCUAAAGCACUUAUUUUCAUUCUAUGCCAUUUGUCUUUUAUAUAAAUAAAAACAUCUAGUAGAUCAAAUAAAUCAAAAGUUCAUGGA